CGAAUUAUGGGAGCAAACAAUAUCAACUUGCUAUGCCCACCUGAACAGUUUGGUAUAGUAGAGCCUGGUAUAUACCGCUCUGAUAUGCUACAGCAACCACACUUUUCUUAUUUGAAGCAGUUUGGGUUUAAAACCCUGAUUAUGCUUAGUCCAGAGUUACCAAACAGAGUGACGACCAACUUUAUUGAAGAAGGCAACAUCAAUCUCGUCCAUGUUGGCAUGGCAACUUGGAAACCCACUCAACCGUCUACUUGGAGACCAGUAUCGGAAGAACUCAUAAAAGAAGGACUCGAACUGAUCUUGGAUGUAGAGACACACCCUAUCUUGAUCAUGUGCACGUCAGGUAUUCAUGAAACAGGAACAUUAGUAGGCUGUUUGAGGAAACUUGAAGGAUGGAAUUUUAGCUCAAUUGUGACAGAGUACCGAGCUUAUGCUGGAACAAAAGCAAGAUAUGUAAAUGAACAAUUUAUUGAAUUGUUUGAUCUGGACCUUGUUACGCUACCUUUGCAUCUGCCAGCUUGGUUUAUAGAUCAACAGAAAAUGCUAGUAAGUCAUUACAUGUCUCACUAAGCAUUGACAACUAGAUAGGCUGAUGAAGAAGAGGAAUUCAGAAAAGAACAAAAAGCUCAAAAGUAACUUUCACUACAUGUUGCUUGUACAUAUUCAUUUCCUUAAUAAACAAUAUACCUUUUGAUAAUCGC